AUGGAAAUGAAAAUGAUAGAUGCUGCAAGUGGGGGGGUGCUUGUUAACAUGACGCCUCAGAGAGCGAGAGAGUUGAUUUCAACCAUGGCUACCAACUCUCAACAAUUCCAACCGGUUACAGAACCCACGAGACAGGUUCAUGGAUUAAGUUCUUUGUCUCUGAAAGAUAAGAUUGAUAAGCUGGCUAAUAUUGUUCAAACUUUGCUUUUAGAUAAAACAGGCCCAAUACAGUUAUGCAGAAUUUGCGCCAAGCCAGACCACCCGACAAACUCAUGUCCGAUUUUACAGGAGGAUUUGAUAGAACAAGCGAAUACUGUCGGGAACUUUCCAAGACCACCCCAAAGAUGGUAUGACCCCUACUCGAACUCGUAUAAUGUGGGGUGGAAAGAUCACCCGAAUCUCAGUUAUGGAACGAAUCUGUGGUUCAAUCAACCAUUUCAACAAAGGCCACCACAGAAUCAACAGAUACCAACCCCAAAGUCAUCUUUGGAAGCCAUAGUGGAAAGGUUAGCCAACAGUACUAAGAAAUUCCAACAAAAAACUGCCAUGCAUUUGCAGGAGUUGGAUAAGCAAGUGAGCAAACUUGCGCUUACGGUUAGCCGUUUGGAAUCCCAAGGUAAGUUGCCAUCCCAAAUUGAGCCAAAUCCUCGACACAAUGUAAGCGCUAUAAUGUUGAGGAGCGAAAAGAUUUUAGAGCCCGUACCUGGCACGAGUCGUGCCCACGAUGCUGGUCUAGAUGAGAAGAAACUUGACACAGAGGCUCCAGUAGAGUCAGCACCACAAAAGUCAUUUGCAGUACCACCUCCGUUUCCCAGAAGACUUGCCCAAUGCAAGAAGGAGCGAGACGAGAAGGAGAUCCUCGACACCUUUCGAAAGGUGAAAAUCAACAUACCUCUUCUCAAUACAAUUAAGCAGAUCCCACGAUACGCAAAAUUUCUAAAAGAUUUAUGCACAAGUAAAAGGAAACUUCUAGGCAAUGAAAAGGUAAGUGUCGGAGAAAAUGUCUCCGCCGUUCUGCAACGAAAAAUACCGCCCAAAUGUAAGGACCAAGGUAUGUUUUUCAUAUCCUGUAAAAUAGGUAGUGUCAGUAUUAAAAAAGCAAUGUGUGACUUAGGUGCAUCAAUUAAUGUUAUGCCUUUGUCAAUUUAUAAACUACUUAAUGCGGGUCCUUUAAAGGAAACAGGUGUGAUUAUUCAACUUGCAGAUAGAUCCGUAGUGCAUCCGAAAGGAGUGCUGGAGGAUGUUCUUGUUAAGGUAAACGAGCUAAUAUUUCCUGCAGACUUCUACAUUAUCGACAUGGAGGAUGGCAACUCGGCUAAUUCGUCUGAGAUACUUCUCGGAAGACCAUUUUUGAGUACAUCACAAACGAGAAUUGAUGUUUGGAGUGGAACACUCACCAUGGAAUUUGACAAUGAAAUGGUUAAGUUUAAUGUUUAUGAAGAUAUGGGACAUCCCAAUGAUAAGUCACAAAUCGUGCCUUGUAGGAAUGUAGAUCUCGAUGUUAAGCAAGAGGAAUUAUCGAUGAUCCAAAAACCAAUAUGUGAAGCUGUAAUGAAGGCCUCGAAAUUAGAGUUAAAACUGUUUCUAGAACGUACAAGAAUUCCGAUAGAGAAUAAUGCAAACUUGAACGGAGAAGCUCAAAGACACCUUAAUCCACUAAUGAUAGGGGAAUCCAGGAAGGGCUUCAAAGAUAAUGGGCAAAGGUUGAAACUUUUCUGCAAGAACAUCCAAGUGCACGAGAUGGAAAAAUUAAGUCUCAAUGAGCCAAACGGAUAA